GUCCUUCUCCAGCUACCCAGUCCCUCUGUCCCGUGCCUGGAGCGUUCCACGGGGUUGGUGUGACCAUCUUGCCCGGUCUCUGUCUCUCCCAGGUGUUUGUGGAGACGCUGGACAAGUGCUUUGAGAACGUCUGUGAACUGGACCUCAUCUUCCACAUGGACAAGGUGCACCACAUCCUGCAGGAGAUGGUGAUCGGCGGGAUGGUGCUGGAGACCAACAUGAACGAGAUCGUGGCGCAGGUGGAGGCCCAGGGCAAGCUGGAGAAGGCAGAGGGAGGCCUCUCAGCUGCUCCUUCCCGCGCUGUGUCGGCCGUGAAGAACAUCAACCUGCCCGAGAUCCCCCGCAACAUCAACAUCGGGGACAUCAACAUCAAAGUGCCCAACCUGUCACAGUUCAUGUGAGCAGCCCGUGCUGGGGGCUGCCUGCUGAGCAGAGCUGGGGUCCCCGGCUCCUGCCGGGGCUCUGCCCGUGUGGCACACAGGGCCCAAUGGUGGCUGAGGGCAGGCAGCAGUGACAGGGCUCAGAGAACGGGGUGGGGGGCUCAGAGAGUGGGGUGGGGGGUCCCUCCCUCUGCACCUGGGCCCAGUUCUGUUCCCUGGUCCCCCAACAAGGAGGCUGCUCUUCCUUCCCCUCCCUCCCUGCGCACACGCAGCCUCUCCUCGCUGUGGGGAAGAGUUGGUUCCUGCCUCUCCUGGGGUUCUUGGGAUUCCCAGAGGUGAAAGUGUGCCUGUAGUGGCGGCUCUGUCAGGAGCUGCAGGUUGUCCCCUCCACCCUCCAGCCAUGGCUGUCCCUUGCCCUGGUCCUGCUCUCUGUGAUGGGCCCCGGCUGGGUGGGGUCACUCAUGGGAGCUGCUGUGUGCCCUGGGGACAGUGUGCGGGGGACAUGCUGGAGCGGGGAUGUGGCAGCAAGAGGGACAGGAGCUGAGUGCCUGGGGGGCUUGCAGGGUCAGGCCAGGCUGGGGCUGCUGGAGUGUGUCCCUGUGUCCCAAUAAACUGCCCCUGAAGCCGU